AUGAAGUUCACUCUCGUCGCCUUCGUCUCCGUCAUCGGCCUCGUCGCCGCCAGCCCAGCUGCUUUCCCAAACCCAAUGCCAUUCUACGAGUCUGAGCCAGAGGCUUUCUCCAAGCUCGCCAAGCGUGACUGCACCUCAUGCAUCAACAAGAUCCGCUGCUGCGCUUUCCCACCAAACGUCAACUACUGCCACAAGUGCUAA